AUGGCUCGUUCCGACAGGGAAUUCUGGUCAUCGUCUAAGCUACACGACGACAAUAUGGACUAUGAUGAACAGAUUGAUUUGGACCGAUGGACCAAAGUACAAGUCGGCGAGCAUUGCGCACGUCUGGGUGAUUCGAACCUUGCCCCAUCCUCAUAUCUUCCUUGCCAGGUCAUUGUUCGAGAAGGCUCUACCUACGGCGAGCCAGGCGUACAGCUUUGGGAGGAGUUUGUCGAAGGACAGGUCCUCGGUAUCAUCUUAAGAGGUAUGCACGAUGUUGGAAUCGGCGACGAAAUUAUGGACAGCGAUUUUUUCAACCAGCAGUUUGUUUGGAACAUUGAACUCAAAUGCCCCUUGCACCUAUCUUUGGGUCUUACCAAUCUGAGAAAGGUCGAGCCAAGAGGCUUAGGAAUGGCCUCUCCCUGUGUGCCUAUCACUUAUCAUCCUAUCCCGAAAGCUUUACAUCAAUGGCGCCAAGUCCAGUGGGUUGGCCACGAUGGACCAAUCCAGCUCGGAGCCCGAUGCGAAGCUUGCGGAUAUUCCCUCGGAUCUAACGGCUGCCCACUGUCGGGCGAAGAAGAUCAAUUCAAGGUUCAUACCUAUGAAUAA